GAGAGAGAGAGAGAGAGAGAGAGAGAGAGAGAGAGAUGGGUUUACUCAGUAAUUAUAGAGUUGGAGAGAAAACCUCAGAAGCUGAAAUAAAAAAGGGAUAUUAAUAAAAAGAAGAAAGAAAAAAAGAAAGAGACGAAGCAUUUGGAUUUAUUCUUCUAUCAGAGGAGAAAUAAAAAGAAAAGAGGAGUGAAAGAAGAGGAACAAGAAGGCGCGCGCUGGAUUUCAGUCUUUCCUGUAUGUGGAGUGUACGAGGAGGAGUGUUUGUGGUGUUUCCGGGUUUUGGGUAUGUACCCGUUAUACCCGCUUCAUACGGAUAUGUGCGAUGCUCGCGCUGUGGCCGGGACGCGGCAUAGAGCGUGUGGAACGCGUGGAGCUCGGGGCGCGCGGAGCACCUUUCUGCACUUAUGUAACAGAGGAAAAGAAGCGCGAGAGAGGGAUGAAUAAAUAACUUUUUUUUUAAAAAAGCAAGGACGGCAUUCAAUUUUAUACAAAACUUUUUUUUUUUUUUUUUUAUGUUGGAAACGAUGCUGUUGAUCUGGUUAUUAAUGGCACUUUUGGCUGAAGGACAUGCGCAGUUGCGCUACACGGUGCUGGAGGAGCAGGAGCGUGGCACGGUGGUGGGGAACGUGGCUGAGGAUCUGGGCUUAGAUGUCACCAAGCUGUCUGCACGCCGCUUCCAGACAGUGCCGGUCCCGAACUCGCCGCGCACCUCUUCACCCCCGGCAUUGCUGGAGGUGGACCUGGAGAGCGGCGCACUGGUGGUGCGUGAGCGUGUAGACCGAGAGGAGCUGUGUGGCAGGAGUACUCUGUGCCUUUUACACCUAGAGAUGUUCCUCGAGGAGCCGCUCGAACUUUUUCGUGUAGAGACCGAGGUGCUGGAUGUAAAUGAUAACUCGCCACAUUUUCUACGUGCUGACAUUGCCGUGGAGAUCAGCGAGAGCGCCACGCCUGGAACACGCUUCCCUGUGGAUGGUGCCUUUGACCCAGAUGUGGGCACAAACUCGCUGAGUGCAUAUGCCAUCACAAGCAAUGAGCACUUUCGCCUAGACGUCCAGACGCAAGGAGACGGGAGCCGGUACGCUGAGCUGGUGCUGGAAAAGCCGCUAGAUCGUGAGAAGCAGGCGAUGCACCGCUACGUGCUUACGGCCGUUGACGGUGGACAACCUCAGCGGACUGGAACCGCAUUGCUGGUGGUGACUGUGCUGGACUCAAACGACAAUCAGCCCAUAUUUGACCAGUCUGUGUACUCGGUCACGCUAAGAGAGAACUCCCCCGUGGGCACACUUGUCAUUCAGCUGAACGCCACAGAUGCGGAUGAAGGCACUAACGGCGAGGUGGUGUACACGCUCAGCAGUCAUAACCCCCCACACGUACGUGAACUGUUUGCCGUCGAUGCGCGCACAGGCCGUGUCGAAAUCAUUGGGGAGGUAGAUUAUGAGGAAAGCAGCACACAUCAAAUCCACAUCCAGGCCCGAGACAUGGGACCAAACGCAGUUCCCGCACACUGUAAGGUCCUGCUCAAGCUUGUGGAUGUAAAUGAUAACACACCCGAGAUCGGAUUCAGCACUGUGACAGAGUCUGUUAGCGAACGUGCGACUCCCGGCACUGUAGUUGCCAUGCUCAGCGUCUCUGACAGAGACUCAGGUGAAAAUGGGCGAGUUUCCUGUGAGCUUCUUGGUGGAGAGAGUGAAGAUGCUCCUCCCUUCAAACUCAAGCCUUCCUCACUUAAGAACUACUAUACUGUGGUGACAGAUGGAGCACUGGAUCGUGAGAAAGUGGAGUCAUACAUGCUUACGGUGGUAGCAAGAGAUAACGGCACUCCACCGCUGACCACCAGCAAGUCCAUCCGUGUACGUGUAUCAGACGAGAAUGACAACGCACCAUGUUUCGCUCAGGCCAUCUAUGAGGUACAUGUGACCGAGAACAAUGUUCCUGGAGCGUAUAUCUAUGCUGUGAUGGCGACGGACGCAGACGCUGGUGAGAACGCACGUGUUACUUACUCUAUAGAAGAGCGUGAGAUCCAGGGCAUGUCAGUGCUCACGUACGUGUCCAUCAAUGCCGAGAACGGAUACGUGUAUGCACUUCGCAGCUUCGAUCACGAGCAAAUUAGGGAAUUCAGCUUCACAGCUUGUGCAACAGACUGUGGAACUCCUGAGCUUACAACAAACACCACUGUGCAAGUGAUUGUAGUGGACCAGAAUGACAAUGCACCCUCUGUUAUUGCACCACUGAGUAAAAAUGGUACUGCAGCACGUGCCCCUUUGCCCCGGUCAGCUGAGCCAGGCUACCUGGUGACACGAGUGAUCUCCACAGAUGCUGAUGAUGGUGAAAAUGCACGUCUUUCGUACAGCAUUGCACAGGGAAAUGACCUUGGCCUGUUCCGUAUGGACUGGAGGAGUGGGGAACUGCGGACUGCACGCCGAGUGAAUGGAGGGAAACGUGACUCGUCGCUGCAGUCACAAUCACAUCCUCGUGCCUAUGAGCUACUGAUUGAGGUGAGAGACCACGGGCAGCCACCGCUCUCCUGCUCCACUCGUAUUGAUGUGGUGCUUGUGGAUAGUGCUGUAGUGACCCUGGAUGAGGAAGGAGCAGAGAAAGAGGGUAGAGGAGCACGAGAUGGUGCUCGAGGCUCGGACAGGUCCAAUGAAGGAGCACCAGAGAUAACCCUCGUGCUCCUUGUGGCACUUGGUUCCGUGUCCUCAGUAUUUCUACUGGCCAUGAUUGCGUUGGCUGUGCGGUGCCACCGAAAGGACAAAAAAUUCAGUGCGCUCGCAUGCCUGUCGGGAGACUGCUGCUCCUGCUGCGGCUCAUGUUGCAGCCGACGGGCACGAGGACGGCAGAAGAAGCUCACCAAGUCGGAUAUUGUCCUGGUGCAGAGCAAAACGGCAACGCAGGUGCCUGUGGAGGAGUCUGGGACAGGGGGUGGGUUUGGCACCCACCUUCAUCAACACCAUCACCACUGCUACCAGGUGUGCCUGACACGUGAAUCUGCCAACACCACUGACCUGAUGUUCCUGCAGUCGUGUUGCAGUCCGUCACGCAGCACCACAGAUACGGAGCACACCACCACUACACGUGGAGCUGCCGCUGUCCUCCUCACUGACCAGCAACCAGACAUCUUGUCCAACGGCAGUGUCUUAUCUGGAGAGAUAAAACAUCAGAGGCCUGAACUCAGCUACCUUGAUAGACCACGUCGGGUUAACAGUUCUGUCUUUCAGGAGGAUAUAGUGAGCUCUAAAGACAGUGGUCAUGGAGACAGUGAACAGGGAGACAGCGACCACGACGCUACAAACCGCCUGCACUCCUCCGAUCUGUUUUCAAACUGUACAGAUGAGUGUAAAGCUCUUGGACACUCAGACCGGUGUUGGAUGCCCUCGUUCGUCCCCAGUGACGGUCGCCAUGGUGCUGAUUAUCGUAGCAACCUGCACGUCCCAGGGAUGGACGCAGUGAUGGAUGGAGAGGUAGAGAUGAGCGCGUCCACUGAGGACGAUCCGUCUUUCUCUACAUUUGGGAAAGACAGAUCUCACCACCACGGCACACACACGUCUCACACACACUCCUUAUUGUCACGUAAGAGGAUAUCCUAGCACAUUCUGCACAGACGUGGUGUUAGAAACAUAGUGAUUUGGGGCGUGGCCAGUGCUGAUUCUCCACCCACCUGUUUACAUUUUUUAUUUAUAUUCUGGUCCUGAUGGAGAUUUUAUUUUCACACCUGAACUGAAAUGUUUGACCUGAACGCGUGCUCAGCAGGACUGAGGGACACACGCUCAUCUCCAAACAUGGCGAGGAAGAAAACCUGAGGUACACGAGGAGGAGGAACUGCAGGAAGUUGAGGAGGAGUGGAAAAGGAGAAGGAGAGGGAAUGGACAAACAUGGACCAAAAAAAGAUGAACAGGAACAAAAAAGAUCUUCCUGGACAUUUUAAAUUUCUCUCGGACCAUAAAGUGACUAAGCUGAGCCCUUUAGCUGUCUCACACACACACACACACACACACACACACACACACACACACACACACACACACACACAC